UUUCUUCAUUCCUUCCCCCCUUCUCUCUUCUCCUGUUUUCUGUACAAUUUAUGGAAAGAGUUUUGCAGCUGGAACAGCUGCCAGUUGAUAUUCUCAUUCAGAUCUUUAAUUAUCUUGAUCAACCUUCACGCUUGCAAGUCUGCUUAGUUUCAAAAUUCAUGCUGAAAACCUGUAUCUGUAUCAUGUGUAAUAACCUUUAUCCUUAUUCUUCAUAUAUGUCAGGCCUCAACUUAUCCUUUGAUCAAGCAGACCAUAUUGACGUUUGCUGUAACACCACCUUGUCAUUAAGAACACUAUGGAUAGAGAAUGUGGAAUCGAUAUCACCUACUUUUCUGAAUCAGAUCGUGCGGGAUGUUGCCGAACUUGGUCUCUCCAAAUGCUCCAAAGAGACUAUUAGAAGUGUUUCUGUUACUUUGGCCCAGUAUAAACAACGAUCGAAGCUUGAACAGAUCGACAUCUAUGAUUGCUACAUGUCCGAUCAGAUGGUUCGUCAAAUGGUGAUAUCAACGCCUAUGCUAAAACGCUUCAACUACUAUCGAUCAGGAUUCUUGUCCGAUAGCUCGAUUUUUGCUAUUGUUGAACACUGUCAGCUGAUCGAGUCCCUUAUAAUGACGUUACCAAGGCACAUUGUACAAGCUAAUACCGUGACCUUUGCCGCUCUGGAAGUACUUGCUCAAUUGCCAGGAUUAAAGAUAUUUGUGUGUAGAGGGCAGGUUAGGAUCGCGACAAAACAAAACGAGGAAUGGAUGUAUAAGCAUUGCUCCUCAUUAAUACACUGCGAUCUUUCAUUUGAUACAUGAUACAAGUAUCCAAUAUUAGAAUUACACAUGUAUGAUAAUAGACAAACAGAGAUAGAGAUAACCAAAGAUGAAGUAUAGAACAAAAAUAAAUCACUUCUUUAUUCUUUCUAUUCUUUAUUCAAUGUGCAUGUAACAAAUGAAGCUAAUACUAUGAAUACUAAAGACGCCAAGAGACAAAAAAAAAAGAGAGAGGGGUGCAAACGCGCAUUGACCCAAGAUGUAGCAUGAAAAGUGUAAUGUUUAUGAGAUCUUAUUGGCGGCUACCCCAUAUGUUGUGAUCAUCAAAAAUCUCAUCUACAAAUUUUCUCUCACACUGUCAAGUAUAUAAAUACACGGCCCCUUCCUUUCUUCUUCUCUUUUUUCCUUCUGCUU